UAGGGCAGUCGUUCCUCCUUCGUCGUUCCUUCGCAGAGGCGCGGAGCGCGCUUUUAACGAAAUUAUUCCGUGGGAAAAAAAGCUCGGCCCUGGGCUUGCCGCGAGAGCCAGCCGUCGACGCGCCUCCACUCGCCACAGGAGCGGCGCCUCCGUGCCUGCCUCGUCUCCUGGAAUCGUCCCGUGUUCCCCGAGACGGAGACCAGCGGAGACGGGCUGCACUCUCUCUCUCUCUGUUCCUCGGCUUUGGUUUUCGCGUGCACGACGGUUCCGGGGCCGUGCUCUACGGGCGGAGUGUCAUUCGCGGAAAAAAGUGGUUGGUGAAGUUGCCGAGGAGCGUGACCGAAGGCGGAAGCGGUUUAUCGAAGGAUCAACGGAGCGGGGCUCGCGAGGACGCGCACGGACGUCGUCCUUUUGCUUCGUACGCACGAAUCGAGACGAAUGAUGUUCAAUUGACGAAGACUGCGCAACGCUAGGAAUGGCCCCAUUCAGUUCCGUAUUCCUGGGCGUCUGGGGAGUGUUCGUAAUCGUUUUGAUACAAGAAUCUAGGCCCGUCGUGUGGGAGGAAUGGUGGAACUACAACGGCAUUUCCGGUCCCGCCUUCUGGGGUCUCAUCAAUCCCGAAUGGUGGCUGUGCGACAAAGGCAAGCGACAAUCGCCGGUCAACUUGGAGCCGACCAGGCUGCUCUUCGACCCCAACCUGCAGCCGCUGCACCUCGACAAGCACCGGGUCGGCGGGGUGCUCGCCAACACCGGGCACAGCGUCGUCUUCGCCGUGGAGAACGACACACGACAUCCGGUCAACAUAUCGGGCGGACCGCUUAGCUACCGCUACCAGUUCCACGAGAUGCACCUGCACUUCGGGCUGAACGAUCGACACGGCAGCGAGCAUAUCGUUGACGGACACGCGUUCCCUGCUGAGCUGCAAAUAUUUGGCUACAACUCCCAGCUGUACAACAACUUCUCGGACGCGAUGCACAGAGCGCAGGGGAUCGUCGCGGUGUCGCUUCUGCUCCAGGUCGGAGACCUCUCGAACCCGCAGCUACGGAUAUUCACCGAAGAGCUGGAUAAGAUCAGAUACGGAGGCCAGACGGUGGAGAUUACGCGUUUCGUGGUGCGGGACCUCCUGCCGGACACGAAAUAUUACAUGACGUACGACGGCUCCACUACGAUGCCGCCCUGCCACGAGACCACCACGUGGAUCAUCCUGAACAAGCCGAUAUACAUCACGAAGCAGCAGCUGCUAGCGCUGCGGCAACUGAUGAAAGGCGACGAGAAGCAACCGAUCGAGCGCCUCGGGGACAAUUUCCGACCGCCCCAGCCGCUUCAUCAUCGUCCCGUUCGAACAAACAUCGACUUCAACGUGAAGGGAACGAAAAACUGUCCGACGAUGAACAGGGACAUAUAUUACAAAGCGAACACCUGGAAAUAACCCUGAGGAACGGAGGGAGACGGCUGGCGUUCGCAGUUAACUACGCUUUCCCGGGGACGAGCUGGAGGUUCGCUGAUAAGAGAAUAAAAACCCACUGACAUAUCAAUUAUUAAAGAAGAAGGAAAAAGGAAAAACAGAAAACAAAAAAAACGCGCUCGAUCGCGGACGAUCGGAUCGAUCCGGGCGUCGACGCGUUUGCCGCGUGUCGUUGAGGUCGCGAGAGUGAGAGAGAGAAUGGGAGCGAGCGAGCGAGGGAGAAAGAAGAUGAAGAUUAAGAAGAGGAGGAGGAGGAGGAGGAGGAGGAGCAGGUGAAAGGAGUAAGGAGAAGAGAAAUGAAGAAAGGAAAUGAAAAAAUGCUUCGUUGUACUAUUAGACGUAAACUGCCAAGUAUGUUUCCAGUAACGAGAAAAAAAA